GCACCGAUCAUCUGGCAGAGAUAAAUAAGAAACCGCUGUGCUCCUUUUUCUUCACUCAAGCAACCUUUUCAUUCAGUGCUCUAUUCUAGUGUCUACCCACCACCCAAUGCUUCGCACACUUGCCACUCGCGCCGCACCGCGCAUUCCCGCGGCCCAGCCUCCUCGCUACUGCGCAGGAUCCAGACCAAGGCGCCACUUGCAGUGCAUGCCUCGGCCACCCAGCGCAGCGCCAACCCGCCCAUGGAAUUCCCUUGCAUCGACAAGAUUGAGUCGCGGCAGCGCGACCUCUUGGCAGGCCCCGAGCCCACGUACGAGAAGGUGGUGACGGGCUACUCAGUAUACUCGCACACUGAGCCGUUCGUAUGCGACCACGGCGGCCUGCUGUCCAGGUUUGACAUUGCAUACGAAUCAUGGGGCACGCUCAACAGCGACAAGUCCAAUGCGAUUCUGAUCCACACGGGUCUGUCGGGCAGCUCGCAUGCGCACAGCCACGCCAAGAACACCAACCCAGGGUGGUGGGAGAAGUUUAUCGGGCCUGGGCUGGCCAUCGACACAAACAAGUACUUUGUCAUGUGCACUAACGUCAUCGGCGGCUGCUACGGAUCGACCGGACCUGGAUCCGUCGACCCGGCCACCGGCAAGCGCUAUGCGACAACAUUCCCGCUGCUGACUGUAAAUGACAUGGUGCGCGCGCAGUUCCAUCUCCUGGACCACCUGGGCAUCCAGAAGCUGCAUGCCAGCGUUGGGUCCAGCAUGGGCGGUAUGCAGUCGCUGUGUGCAGCCGCUCUGCACUCGGAGCGUGUCGGCCGGCUGAUCACAAUUUCGGCCUGCGCAAGAUCGCACCCGUACUCGAUUGCCCUGCGCUUCGCCCAGCGCCAGGUGCUGAUGGCCGAUCCUAACUUCAAUCGCGGAUUUUACUAUGACUCGGUGCCACCGCAUAUUGGCAUGAAGCUGGCGCGUGAAAUUGCCACCGUCACGUACCGCUCAGGUCCCGAAUGGGAGCUGCGGUUUGGCCGCCGCCGCCGUGCCCCCGAUACCCCGCCCGCUCUGUGCCCGGACUUUUUGAUCGAGACGUAUCUGGACCACCAGAGCGAGCGCUUCUGCCUGCAGUACGAUGCCAACUCGCUGCUCUAUGUGUCAAAGGCCAUGGACAUGUUUGAUAUAAGCGAGUCCGUCACCCAGCGGCUCGAGCUGCAGCGCAGCAAGGCAAUCAGCGAGCUGUCUGCUAACCCUGACAUGCAGGGGUCCGCUGCCAACGGCACUGUCUGCAUGCACGUCAACGAGCAGCCGCAGAGCAAGACAGGCCAGUCUGACUUGGAAACCGAUGCCGAAAUCAUGGACGACCUGGUCAAGGGUGUCAAGAACGCUAUGCAGCCAACGCUGGUGCUUGGUGUACAGUCCGACAUCCUGUUCCCCGUCAAACAGCAGAAGGAGAUUGCUGACAUUCUACGCCGUGCUGGCAACAAGCGUGUUACUUACUACGAGCUCGACGCCAUGUAUGGCCAUGACACGUUCCUGAUUGAUGUUGCCAAUGUUGGUGCUGCCAUCAAGGGGCACUUGGAAAACUCUAUUGAGCCGUGA